AUGAGGUACGAGGAGGACGAUUUCCGUACCGCGUCUGAAAUACUCAUCUUACCGAAGGAAACAGUCGAGGGCGUCCUCGUUGCUUGUCGGGCUCACGGGGCCAAAUUCACUGGUCUGCUGAAUCAUGUUAUUGUGCAUGUGUUGAGUCGGGUCUUGCCGUUUUCUGGGAGCUUCAUUGGGAAUAUCGUGGUUGAUCUUCGACAUCUUGUGAAGGGGUAUACGGAAGAUGAUAUGGUUAAUGCUGUAUCGUCUGUUCUUGAGGUUUCUGCUCGUGUUGACUCAUCCUACGACGAUGAUGGUGCACAUAUAAAACAACAUGAAGCAAUGUGGACCGCCGCGCGCAAAACAACCACCCACCUCGCUGCUCGCGCAAACACGACAUCAGGCCAACCCAUUGGCCUUAUCAAGUACGUCUCUAAUAUCCGCGACUGGUAUACAGGUCAACUGGGGAAGGACCGCAGCUCGUCGUAUGAGAUCAGCAAUCUUGUCAGUUUCGAUCCGAGGAGAGGCAGCACCCAGCAGAAGAAGACGGCGUGGGAUAUCGAACGAGUCUUCUUCUCCCAACCAGCUAAUGUUACAGGGUGUCCGUUGAAUUUUCAAGUUGUGAGUAGGAAGGGGGGUGGUAUGGUUAUCACUAUUAAUUGGCAGGUUGGGGUUUUGGGGGUGGAUGAUGAGGAUAUUUUCGUUAAGGAGGUUGCUAAGGGAAUCGAGCAGCUGCUUGCUGACAUUGCGGUGGAUUCGUCUAGCUAG